GCUAAAACUCAGUCCUGUUACUAAAAUGCCUCCAUCCUUCAUUAAGAAACCAUGUUAAAAAAACAAACUAGCUACCUGAUUGACCAAUAAUCAUUUUGAAAAGUAAAAUAUGCAUGUUAUUAGAUUUUGUGUAUAAAAGAUGAACCCAAUUUUGACAAGUUACAACAUGCAAAUUUGGUGUAAUGGCCCUACUGAUAAAAUGUAUACUUUGAAUGCACUUGUAAAGGCCAAAUGCAAAAACUUAAACGUUAGGUCAAAAAAUCAGGUUCAUUGUGAAAUAUUAAGAAACAACAAAGUUUUUUUAAGAAGUUCUGGAUGCAAUAUAGGAUUAUUUUAAAUCUUGUUAAUUAUGGCUUUCCUCUCUCGGGAUGACAUAGUGUAACAGGUGUGGACACACCUAUGUGAUGGUGUAUAUAAUGCAAAAUGCAUCUUGCAGUUUGAAGUGCACAUUACUUGAAACAACCACCUAUCCCCAUUCUGCAGAGCUUUUAGUUUGUCAUGUUUGAAGCACAUCGACUGGCGCUGUUCGUGCUCCUCAUGUGGGAACCUCUGCAAGUGGCGUCAGAUUCAGAAGAAGAGGUCGUCUCGGACUGGAUGCUCUGGAAGAAACAUAAUGAAGUGUCGUAUGAUGAGAAGAGCGAUGACAAUCAGAGAAGAGCCAUCUGGGAAACCCACUUGGGAAUGAUUGAGAGAAACAAUGAAGAUUUCCGCAUUGGACGGUCAUCGUUUAGCAUGGCGAUGAACAAAUAUGGGGACCUUACCCAGGUGGAGUAUAAACGUUUACUGGGCGCCACUAUAAAUGGGCAGGUAAAUAGAAAAGGAAAGGUUGAAUCUGCUCAGACGCUUCGUGCAAAUGCUAAGAGACUGGGAUUGACUCAUGUGGACUACAGAGCGCUGGGAUAUGUAACCGAAGUUAAAGACCAGGGAUACUGUGGGUCAUGCUGGGCUUUCAGCACUACGGGUGCUAUUGAAGGACAAAUGUUUAAGAGAACGGGCCGGUUAGUGUCUCUGAGCGAACAAAAUCUGAUGGACUGUUCCAGGUCUUACGGCACGUACGGUUGCAAUGGAGCCUGGAUGGCAAACGCAUAUAAUUAUGUGGUCAAAAACGGACUGCAGAGCUCUGACACUUACCCAUAUACAUCAGUGGAUACCCAGCCAUGUUUCUAUGACAGCAAUUUGGCUGUCGCCAGAAUCAGUGACUAUAGGUUCACCCCAGCCGGAGAUGAGCAGGCAUUGGCUGAUGCCUUGGCAACGGUCGGUCCAAUCACUGUUGCGAUAGAUGCUGACAACCCAAGCUUCCUAUUCUACAGCUCAGGGAUCUACAAGGAGAAGAACUGUAACCCUAACAACCUCAACCACGCUGUUCUUCUGGUUGGUUAUGGCUCAGAGGGGGGCAAAGAUUACUGGAUUAUCAAAAACAGCUGGGGAACAGAAUGGGGAGAAGGUGGAUACAUGCGAAUGCUCCGGAAUGGAAGAAACAGCUGCGGCAUUGCCAGCUAUGCCCUCUAUCCCAUUGUGUGAGAGGAACGAAAAAUUUCCUAAUAAAUACAAACA